AUGGUCGGCUGUCGAGAUUUAGAUGAAGUAAUGUUGCUGGUAGCGAAUGGUGCGAAAGUAAAUAUUCCAGAUAAAAAUGAUACAAUGCCCAUGAAUUACGCGUGUACCAAAGUAGAUUCCUCAGAUUACUAUGGUCGGUUGCCCAUUCAUUAUGCUUGUGAACAAGGAGAUUUAGAUGAAGUAAUGUUGCUGGUAGCGAAUGGUACAGCAGUGGAUAUUCCAGAUGGUGAUGGUCGGCUACCCAUGCAUUACGCGUGUAAAAAUCGUUUUGAUGGACCCAGUAUUAUGCCCUUUUUUAUAAAAGAAGGUGCUAACGUAGACUACCCGUAUCACGAUGGUCUACUGCCGAUUCAUUAUACUUGUGAGUAUGCGCAUUUAAAAACAGUAGAGUUGCUGGUAGCAAAUCGAAUGGUGCGAAAGUGGAUGUUCCGGAAGGAAAUGGUCUGCUACCCAAAAAUAUUGCGGCAGAUGUUCCUACAAAAUCCAAAUCUUUGCGUAAAUAAGUUAGUUUACAUAGGCGACAGUGGGUUGAAUUUAAACCAUACGAGGUCCUAUGAAAUGGAAUAUUUAAAAGUAAGUAAGUAA